AGUUCUUUGCAACUUCGUCUGAGACGUCGGAGAGCCGAGUGGAGCGAGGCUGGGGCUGCAACUCCAAGCCCCAGAGACUCGGAGAAGCAGAGAAAGAAUCCGGUGGAGACCGAGGGGUCGAGAGAGACUCCAGAGGCAGCGAGGCCGUGGAACCAGCCUGGCAGCCGGCGGGCCUCGCUGCCCCUUGAGUGAAACCAAGGGCCGUGUGUCCCGCAGGCCUCCUCAAAGCCGCUCCUACAGGAGGCCGGGGGCUCCUUGCCGUCCCAGAGACGGGCCCCUACGAUAUGCCCCCAAAGCUGCCAGUUCCUUGGCCGCAUCUACUCUGGCCCGGCUCCGCAGCCGCUGCCUGAGACGGCCCAGGAGGGAAGCCACCAGGAGUUGGGCGCCCCACUCCCAGCCGGACUGCACUAGCGCCGUUUCCCGCCUCUAGGCGCAGCUCUCGGCGAUCUCCAGCGGAGCAGCUCUGAGAGAGGCCCCGGAGAUCCAGCAGCGUUUUCUAAGCCCAGAUCGCACACUACCCGGCCUGGCGGCGUGGCUCCCUAGCCGCGCUGGGCAGCCCCUUGGCGCCGGGAGGCGGCGGCGUCGGCCGGCCUGCAGUCUGGAGCGCCCCGAUGGAAAUACACUGUAAGCACGACCCGUUUGCAUCCAUGCAUAGACAUGGAGGAGUGAAUCAGCUUGGGGGGGUUUUUGUGAAUGGACGGCCACUCCCGGAUGUAGUCCGCCAAAGGAUAGUGGAACUCGCUCAUCAAGGUGUCAGGCCCUGUGACAUCUCAAGGCAGCUUCGAGUCAGCCAUGGUUGUGUCAGCAAAAUUCUCGGCAGGUAUUAUGAGACGGGGAGCAUCAAGCCUGGAGUAAUUGGAGGAUCCAAACCAAAGGUCGCCACGCCCAAAGUGGUGGAAAAAAUCGCUGAGUAUAAACGCCAAAAUCCCACCAUGUUUGCCUGGGAGAUCAGGGACCGGCUGCUGGCGGAACGGGUGUGUGACAAUGACACGGUGCCCAGUGUCAGUUCCAUCAACAGGAUCAUCCGGACGAAAGUACAACAACCACCCAACCAGCCAGUCCCAGCUUCCAGUCACAGCAUAGUGUCCACAGGCUCCGUGACGCAGGUGUCCUCGGUGAGCACGGACUCGGCCGGCUCCUCGUACUCCAUCAGCGGCAUCCUGGGCAUCACGUCCCCCAGCGCCGACACCAACAAGCGCAAGAGGGAUGAAGGUAUUCAGGAAUCUCCAGUGCCCAACGGUCACUCACUGCCGGGCAGAGAUUUCCUCCGGAAGCAGAUGCGGGGAGACCUGUUCACGCAGCAGCAGCUGGAGGUGCUGGACCGCGUGUUUGAGAGGCAGCACUACUCGGACAUCUUCACCACCACGGAGCCCAUCAAGCCCGAGCAGUGGUGCCCCGUGCUGAUGAGACAAUACUUGGUGCAGCCCCAGGCAGUCCUUUUCCAGACCACUGAGUAUUCAGCGAUGGCCUCGCUGGCUGGAGGGCUGGACGACAUGAAGGCCAACCUGACCAGUCCCACCCCUGCCGACAUCGGGAGCAGCGUGCCUGGACCACAGUCCUACCCCAUUGUGACAGGCCGUGACUUGGCGAGCACGACCCUCCCCGGGUACCCUCCGCACGUCCCCCCCGCCGGACAGGGCAGCUACUCAGCACCGACGCUGACAGGGAUGGUGCCUGGGAGUGAGUUUUCCGGGAGCCCCUACAGCCACCCUCAGUAUCCCUCGUACAACGACUCCUGGAGGUUCCCCAACCCGGGGCUGCUCGGCUCCCCGUACUAUUACAGCGCCGCGGCCCGAGGAGCUGCCCCACCUGCGGCCGCCACUGCCUACGACCGUCACUGACCCUCGGAGCCAGGCGGGCGCUAAGCACUUAUAACACAUAUCACUGAGGGCGAUAGCCUCUCAGCCCCUCCGAAGACAGCCAGAGGGGCCCAGUGAGACCAUCCCCCAGCAAUCCCCUCUCACCUGAAACUCCCUCCCAACCUUUUCCUGCCAGGGAGCUGGGGUUCUAUGGUAAGGCCAUUGGACUUCUAGACACACGUCCAUUUCUAAGAGUCAAUCAGUGAGCUUCUCCCAACAG